AUGUCGACUCCAAUUUCGAUGUCCCUUCUUCUAGAGCAAGCUGAAGCCAUAGUAAGCCAAACUCACCAGAAGGGAGGUUUGAACUUGUCAAGUUUUAAGAGAAAUGCCAAACAUUGGUUCCCAUCUCUACAUUUUCCUGCGACAGAUACAUAUCAGAUUGCUGCCAAAAAGGUUUUAGACAUCAAUUCGCACAUCCAACUCAGUCCUCCACCCUCUCUCCCUGAGGUGCACCCAAGCACCCCAAAGGCGCGUUUAGCAAUUCAUCUUCGCCUGAAUGAUGGAGACCCCACAUACCCCGUUGCCAUUAUAGAGGGGGCUGAAGUUGAUGUCGACGAUGGCAAGACUACCCUCGGAGUUGUCCUUGCGAUGAUCCUUCCGUUUCUCAACUGCAGUCCCCAGCUUGCUUGCCACAACCACGACAUUAUGAUCGAAAUGUCCCACAUGAACAUUUUGUUGACAAGGAAACCAACUGAACAAUCUGCCGACACUACAGAGUUUAAGCUCUACGAGGAGUUGGAGGACUGUACCCUCCUCCUGUGUCCUAUUACCACCCUAGUGGUGAGGAGCCUGUUCAAGCAAGCGGAUGAUGGGCCCUGUUCAACUACUUGGGUGGGGACGGACCACUGCACUCAGAGGAAGCCUCAAGCAACUUUGGAAAUACAGUCAUCCACGUCAUCCACCACCAACUCCUCUACUGCUAAUUCAACUUCCACACCGUUGACCAACCCCUCUACCACCCAUUCAACUGAGGCUGAUUCCAACAACCUUCACCAUAUGGAGAUUGCGGUGAAUGCAUGGCUGUCUGAGCAUCCAGAUACAACCUCCCGAUGGAAAAUGUUCUCCAGUGUCUCCCAUGGAAGUGUCCCAGUGUGGACUGUUUUUCUAAUAGUGAAGGAGACGCUUGCACUGCUGGUCUCCGAAGUUGCCAGGUUUCAGAAAAAGCACCUCCGCCAGGUGAUGAAGCAGUAUAACAUUGGCAUCCCCCAUCUGAAUGCAGCAGAUCAUGUCGCCUAUGCCACUGACUUAAUAGACAAUUCUGACCUAGAACUCAUCAAAAGAAAGCUUAAGGGUGUGCAAAAGCGGGGUGUUGCUCAGUGCGUGGGGGAAGUUCUGGACUGUAUGAAGGCUCAGAGCUACCCACUGUCAUGA